AUUAGGUUAUAUUUAAAGUAUCUAUCUUUCAAAUAAAUGAUGAUACAUUAUAAUUAGUUGCAAUAGUGUUUAGUAUUGUGAUAGAUGUAAUUAUAACAUGCGACAAUGAAGAAAUUCAACGAAUUAUUCACGAUUUGUUUCUUGUUGCAUUAUUUCUAUAGCGUUUGUAUAACUCAUUUGCUCAUAAAUGUCAAAAAUCAGGGUGGUGAUAUUUUGUUAGAAACGAUUUCUUCCAAUGUUACUGAAGAUGUUAUUACCCUAGAAUUUCAAUGUUCAGAUGGCACAUUGGUAACACAACUUAUUGAUUUCAAAAAUGAAGUGCAAAUAAUAAAAGCCUUAGUUUUGGGUGAAGAAGAACGUGGUCAGAAUCAGUAUCAAGUUUUGUGUUUUGUUAAUCAUUUUUUUAAAGUGGAUUUCAUAUCUUCUGAUGCAAUGUCUAAACUAAGGCAAAAAAAUCCAGGCACUGUACGUGUUGCAGAAGAAGAUAAAGGUCAUGUAAAUUAUACUAUGGACUUAUUCUUAGAUGUAUCUGAAUCUAAAGAUAUCUCUAAGCACAUUGCAACUCUUUGUGGAGAAGCAGCUGGAUCUGCUUAUACUAGAAAUGAAGAUAUAAAACAAUGGAUUCAAAGACCUGGUUCAUCUGAACUUUCAUUGAUGGCAGCUGUAUAUAACUUCAGCACAAAUUCUUUGACACAACAAGGUACAAAUGAUUCAAGAUCUUUAUUUGUAACAAGAUGUGCAGAUACAUCAAAUAUGUGGGCACCUUGUACAUGUUCAUUAGAGUUAUGUAUUGGAUGGUAUCCAUGUGGUUUAAAAUUUUGCAAAGGCAAAAGUGAUGGUAAAAAAGCAGCUACUCCAUAUAAAUGUGGCAUUAAAACAUGUAAAAAAUGUUUUAUAUUCUCAUAUUAUUCUAAGAUGAAGCAGAAUUGUUUAUGGGAUGAAUGACAUAUAAGAACACUGUAGAUAUAUAGAUGCACGAUGGGUAUCGGCGAUUCCAUUAAUUACGAAAGCAGAGUGAAAAAAAUCCUUGGUACAUGUACUAGAGUGUCAACUUUCAGACUUUUAGAUUAGAUUCUUACUUUUAUAGAUUGUACUGAAUGGAUGCAUUUGUAACACUAAUAUUUGUAUUUUAUUAAAAUAACGAAUUAAGAACUUAAAAAAAAAAAAAAUAAAAUAUAAAAAAUAAGAAAAAAAAAUUAUUGAAGAAGAAAAAAUGAAACUAAUUCUAAAAGAUUUUUUAUAUAUCAUAUUAUAUAAAAAUUAUUUAAGUUUAUUACUUAUAUACCAUACAUUCCUAAAUUAAUAUUCUCGUGUAUUUAUCAAGGUAAUCAUUCCUAAUCUUAUACUAUAUUGUGUCUUACAAAGUACAUACUAUUUAACAUAUGUACAUUGUCACAGAUGUGCGUAUUAGUAUUAUAAAUUCAUGUACUUUUUCACAAAGCAACAUUGUUAUUGUAUAAUGAAAAGCGUAUAAUUGUUCGAGUAUAAAUUCGAACACUGUUUCUUUAAUUAUUCAUUGCCGUUUAAACUUGCGGCAAUAAGUAUUUAUAUAUACAUAUUAAUAUAUUAGGAUAAUACAAGUUACAAAUAAUCCAUUCAGGAUAACGUGAUGAUUGCACGUUUAAUUUACAUAUGUAUAGUAUCAUGAUAUAUUAAACGAUGUAUAAUACGCGCAAUUUUUUCUUAAAUUAUUAAAGAUAUGAAAGAAUUGUUUUUGAAUUUAUAAUACAUGGAAAAAUAUGAUAUUAGGUUAGAAUUUUUUAUGCUCUUGUUUUA